CCCGUGCCCCAGCUGCGAGGCCGGGAACCGGGCUGCUCUGAGCUGCUGCUUUCGCGCAGUCCGCUCCUCUGCCGCAGCGUCGCGUCCUGAGCUCGGCCGACGAGGCUGCACUCGCAGCCGGGAUCCCGCCACCCGCGACCCCAGCCUUCGUCGCCGCCGCCCGUAGGGCGCCCCAGGCCGCACCAUGGUGAAGGUGACGUUCAACUCGGCGCUGGCCCAGAAGGAGUCCAAGAAGGACGAGCCCAAGAGCAGUGAGGAGGCGCUCAUCAUCCCUCCGGAUGCCGUGGCUGUGGAUUGCAAGGACCCGGAGGACGUGGUCCCAGUUGGGCAGAGAAGAGCGUGGUGUUGGUGCAUGUGCUUCGGACUGGCCUUCAUGCUUGCUGGUGUCAUCCUUGGAGGCGCCUACCUGUACAAGUAUUUUGCACUUCAGCCGGAUGAUGUGUACUACUGCGGGCUCAAGUACAUCAAAGAUGACGUCAUCUUGAACGAGCCUUCUGCAGAAGCCCCAGCUGCUCGCUACCAGACAGUUGAAGAGAAUAUUAAGAUCUUUGAGGAGGACGAGGUGGAAUUCAUCAGCGUGCCUGUGCCAGAGUUUGCAGACAGCGACCCCGCCAACAUCGUGCACGACUUUAACAAGAAACUCACUGCUUACCUGGACCUUAACCUGGACAAGUGCUACGUGAUCCCUCUGAACACAUCCAUCGUUAUGCCGCCCAGAAACCUGCUGGAGCUGCUCAUUAACAUCAAGGCUGGAACCUACUUGCCCCAGUCGUACCUUAUUCACGAGCACAUGGUGAUUACCGACCGCAUCGAAAACGUGGAGCACCUGGGCUUCUUCAUCUAUCGACUGUGUCACGACAAGGAAACCUACAAGCUGCAGCGCCGAGAAAGUAUUAGAGGUAUUCAGAAGCGCGAAGCCAGUGACUGUUUCAACAUUCGGCAUUUCGAGAACAAAUUUGUUGUGGAAACUUCAAUUUGUUCUUGAGCAGUCAAGAAAAGCGUGGGGAGACAUUUAAUGCCACAGUAUAGCCCUCCCUUGUAUUUUGUGCAGUGAUUAUUUUUUAAAAUCUUCUUUUCGUGUAAGUAGCAAACAGGGCUUCACUGUCUUUUCAUCUCAUUUAAUUCAAUUAAAACCAUUAUCUUUAAAAAACAAACAAACAAAACCAAACCUUUUUUUGUUAGCGUGGUGUCUUUGACAUUUGAGUUAGCGAAUGUGCGGGGUCCUAGGUAAGAUUUGCUUCUCCAUAGAGCUUACAUUCUAAGAAUAAUUUCAUUUAUCUGGAUUUUCAUGUGUUACUUCUAUACUUCCAAGAGGAAGGGUUACCUAAAAAAAAUAGUCAUUUGCAUAUGUUAAGAUGACCACAGUGACUUUACUUGUAGAUGCUACCAGCCCUGCUCCCUAGUUGUUAGCCUGGAGCCCACCCUCUAAUACAUAUUCCUUUAGUUAAAAUGUGCAGUAUUUUUGGUGUUGCAUUUAACUACUUUAGAGGAUUAUGUCAGCCUGAUGUUUUAAUAUCCUAGCCCUCUGCUGUACUAAGAUUUUAGAGAAAUGUUUGGAAUUUAAGAAACAACUUACGUUACUAAUUUGUAUAGCCCACAUCUGUGCAAUGGAAUAUAAAUAUCGCAAAGCCAUGUGAUGAGGCUGUGUGUUGUUAUUCCCACAAGAGAAAAACCAAAGAAGCAUUUGGUUCUCCAUAUUUUAAGGUAAUCCACGUACAUAGAGAAUGAAGCUAUUUUAUAAAACCUGGUUCUCUACAUACAGUUAAAAAGUCAGUUUUUUUUUAAAUAAAAUAAGCCAUUAAUAACUAAAACAGAUUCUUUGUGGAUGUUGUUAAAGUCACUCUUAUUAUCAAACUUGAAUGAUGCUCCCUUUUCCUCUAAUGGAAGGUUAUUCUCGAGGCCAUGCCCUUUGAGAAGCACAAGAUGUGGGUCUGAGUAGUUGGGACAAUGUCUCUCUGGGCUCUGUGUUUGCCUCUAAUAGUAGGAAGAUAGACACGAACCACAGUACCUGACAAGUUACGGCAGGGAUUAGUCGUUAUUUCGGGCUUUGAAGCAGUUUCACUCUGAAAACUAGGCUGACCUGAAAAUUGUAUCUAAUCAGGCUAGUUUUGAACUCUUGGUGAUUUUCCUGCCUCUGCUUCCAGGGUGUUAGGAUUACAGGCGUGAGCACCACCCCUGACUUUUAUCUCUGAGGUUGCUUCUUACCUGAAGUAAUUCAUAAUCCAAGGAAUGUAAGAUACCUGAGUAGGACCCAGGUGAGGUUCGGAAGUUAGGAGUGCUUCCUGCUGUUCUAGAGGACCCAGGUUCAGUUCCCAGCACCCAUGUUGAAUGGCUCACAACUGCAUGUGUUUUGGGGAUCUAAUGCCCUCUUCCCACUCCCACUGGUACCUGCACAUGAUGCAGCAUACACACGAAUAAGAAUUUUAAAAAAACCUGAGAGUGGUUUUGCUACAGAUUCCUGAGAUAAAACUUUUCAAUCCUGACUUUAGGUCAGAAAUUUUGAAACUUCAGAAGUCUAUAAAGGUUUUGGUCUGGAACCUGCUCUGAGGUCAGAAGGAUGUGUUGUGACUCUGGCCUUUUUGGUUUUGUUUUGAUAAAACCGUCAGAGCGUGAGCACAGCCAAGUGGAUAGUAGGGAGGGAGAAUUUUCCUUUAGAAGCAAGCUUUCACUAGAUGAGAACUGUAUUUUCCGGAUUUUAAAAGGGGCCUGUGAGCGUCCUAUAUUGCACCAGCACGUACUUAUGUGGGGAGAUAAAUUCCUCAAAGGAAAAAAGUUUCACAUACGUGGCUCUUUAUAGUCCAUUGUGACUAAUGAGAAGUCGGCCAGCUACAGUUCGUUAUAAUAAUUACUGAAAGACCCUCAUUUAAAUAUUUCUGUAAUCUGUGACUCAGAGCUGGGGCCUUGUAGGUGCUGUACAAAUGCCCUAUCGCUGCUCUUGCCCCGUUCUCUGUGUAGUCUGUUCAGGCUGUUGUUUGGUAGUUCACGGGCAUUAAGGUCUGUGAUUUAAAGCAGUAUGCUAGUUUGUUCUUCCAUUUAAGAUAGUGAAGCAAUAGGGUAGGAAGCUGUGGCAACAUCCAGAGUGUCUCACUGACUUCACACAGUGUGUAUGAGUUUGCUGACAGUCAGUAUCGUGGGCUCCAGCAAAAUGUUUCAUUAGAACCGUGUAAGAACUUCAUAUAGCGCUAGUUAAAACACUUGAUUGUGCUGAACAUUUACAACCGCAACCAUUGGUUCAGCUGGAUUGGGGUAGCGGGAUUAUCUAUGCCUUUAUUUCCAUUACUAAUACAUCAAUAGAGUAGAGUGCCCCAGUCAGGAGUGGCGGUGUGUGCCUGUUCUGAACGAGUUCAAAGCAACAUGAACAACGUGAGGGUUACUGUGACAUUCAACUGCCUGGCAAGAUCUUGGAAGAAAGAAGAGAAGAAAAAGCUGCUCUCAUCCAUACGUGGUCAGCUGUCUCCCCUCCCAGGAAUCAGAAUUACUGGGUGAGAUUCUAGGAGGAGCCAUUUGAUCUCAAGUGCUGUGGCAGAGCCUUGGAGAAGCUAGAGAGUAAAGGAUCUGAAAGGACAUUGAACAAGCAAACCCAUAGGACUAGGUUCACAGUUUCCUAGGGGACUGCUGACCUUGAGUUCUCUUUGCAGGUGGGAUGCUGUGUGAAAUACAGGCUAGUGACUUACCAACAGGUAUUUGAUUCUUACAACUGUAGGCUGGAAGGCCAAAAUCAAGGUACUUCUGGUGAGGGCCUGCUUUGUCAUCAACAAUAGACACCUGUGUUCUCUCUGAGUCCUCUGCUGUAAGGACACUGGUUCCAUUCCUGUGGGCUCCACCCUUACGACCACCCAAAGGCUCCCAUCCCUUAGUGCCAUGCCACCUUGGAGAUUAGAAUUUCAACAUAAAUGUUGUGUGUGUGGCUGGGUCAGGAUGGUAGAGUUCCGACUACAGGAACUCUAAAUGGCUUUGAAAACCCAGGGUGGGCCUAGUUGGCACAUUCUGUUGCUUCUGUGUAACAAAGAGCCCAGAAGUCAGAAAACAAAUGGUUGGGACUCUGAUUUAUCAUCUGUGACAGAGGAACGAGGGACGCUCUGGCUCAAGAGGUAGCUGAUGGCUAAAAAUGAUUUGUAUUAACGCGGUACAAUUGUUGGCAGUUCAUGCUGUUUUUGAACCCAGUAUUGCUGACGAUGAACUAGUAAACGCCAAACUUUCUUUUAAGUAUGUAAUUUUUUUUUGUUGCAUUUCCUGACUCCUUUAUAUUCUCAUACCAGGUUUUAGUAAACGGGAUGGGGGGGGAGAGUACACAGUGAUCUGAGCGAUAUUCAUCUCAAAUGCCAGAAGUAGGAGUGUGGAGCUAAAAUUCAGACAGUCUAAUAGUGCAACCAAAAAUCAGAUGGAUUAUUGGAAGGAGACAGUGCGGGUUGUACUUUUGAAUAUGCUUAUGAGCUAAGGCUGGCUGAAUUUAGGAUUCUUUAAUAGUUCAGUAUAUUAAAGACUCCUCCACUGAGCAGGGAUGUUGCCCAGGUGUCUGUAAGUUAUUCUGUGUUGGACACUGACUCUGGCAUAUUUGAGGCUUUAUUUUCUAAACAAGGACUUCAGCAUGUCUGUUUAGAAAAAGGACAGCCCUUCAUCCUGUAUUAUCCAAAGUCAUUGUUUUUCUGUCUUGGUCUUUGUAGUUAAUGCUUAUUCGAAUAAGGCAUGAUUCAGUCUCUGCUGCCUAUUAAUCAUUUCAGGCUUUUGUCAUGUUGAAAACAUCAGUAAGAACCACUUCAGACUUCUGAGCUAUUUAUUGAACUCUGACCCCAAGAAUUAAAAUGUUUUCUGUUGCCA